AUGAAUAAUUCGGUAUCUAUAGAUUUUGCAAAAUUAUAUGAAAAUCCAGAAGAUUAUAACGUAAAAAUUAUAGUUGGAGAAGAACCGAACGUCGAAGAAUUUAAAGCGCAUUCGUUAAUCUUAACUAGUAGAUCGGCUUAUUUUAAAAGUACAUUGUAUUCACGAUUGUUAGAAAAUGGAAUUAUAAUUUUCAACAAACCUAAUAUUUCACCAUCGGUAUUUAAAUUACUUCUAAAAUACAUUUAUACAGGAGUAAUUUCCGUUGAGAACAAUGAAGUUAGUCUCGUCGAUAUUGCUAUUGCAAGUGACGAGCUUCAAUUACAUGAAGUCUAUCAACAAUUUGAAGAAUCAUUAAUUGAGGAUGAAUCGACUUGGAAACAAAGGGACAUUAUCACAGUUCUUCAACACGAUCACCUCACUACCUUGUAUAGCGUCGCAGUAAAAUUAGCAUGCAAAAAUUCAGAAGAAAUUUUUAAGUCAGAAGAGUUCUUUAGAAUGAAAGAAACUCACCUUAUUAAUCUAUUGAAACGUGAUGACCUUGAAUUAGAUGAAAUUGAAAUCUGGGAAUAUCUAAUUCAAUGGGGGAUCAAAAACUCCUCUAUUUUGGAUGAUGAUAUAAAGAAAUGGACACCGAAGAGUUUCACGAGCCUAAAAAUUUCUCUACGUAAUUGUAUUCGUUACGUUCGAUUUUUUCAAAUGUCAUCUGGUGACUAUACAAAAGUUAGAGAUAAUUUUAAGGAUAUUCUACCAGAUGGUCUUGAUGAUGAAAUUACCCUAUAUUUUUCCGAUUCUAAUUUUAAGCCCUCGAUCGAUAUUUUGCCAUUAAGAAAACAUCCAUUUGAAUCAAAUAUUAUUAAUGCCAAAGAUGCAGGAAUAAUAGCAAGUUGGAUGGACAAGCGAAAGACGCCUUACCAUUUUACAAACAUACCCUUCAGAUUUAAGCUUAUUUACCGUGCUAGCCGUGAUGGCUUUAAGAUUCAAAAUUUUCAUAAUCAUUGUGAUAACAAGGGUCCAACACUUGUUGUCAUUAAAGCUCGCCAUUCGGGACAGAUAGUUGGUGGGUAUAAUCCAUUAAAAUGGUGCGGUGUUAAAUCAGAUGAUGAAAGGAGUUCUCUACUAUCCAAUAAUUCUGAUCAUCAGUACAAAACAUCGGAUAGUUUUAUAUUUUCAGUAACAAAUCGAACAGCUCCGAUAUUAAGUCGUGUCUCUUCUAGGGAGGAAGCGAUCAUUUGGUGCAAAAACAAAGGACCAUGCUUUGGUUUACAAGAUUUGCGUAUCCAUUCAUCAAAUUCUUUAAAUGAUGUUAUAUGUAAAAGCAGAAAACACUCUUAUGAGAAGAAAAUUAUCAACAGGGAAACUUUUGAAAUGGAAGAAUAUGAAGUAUUCCAAAUUAUUGAUGAAAGAAUUCCACAACAAAUUAAUGGA